CGGGGCGGGCGGCGGCGGCGGGAGCAGAAUCUUCUCCUCUACCCCCCAGAGCAAGGGAGGAUGACACCUCAGCUCCUCUGAGCCAGCAGUGCCCAGGGACCGGCAGAGCCAUGGAGCUGGAAGACGAGCAGCCCAACACCACUGCCUUCUGGUUCUCCCCGGCUUCCCCCUUCGACAACUUCUCCCUGGAGGCUCCCACCAACACCUCACAGAACUCCACGGGCCACCACUUCGACCUGACCAGCAAUGCCAUCCUCACCUUCAUCUACUUCGUGGUCUGCAUCGUCGGGCUGUGCGGGAACACGCUGGUCAUCUACGUCAUCCUCCGCUACGCCAAGAUGAAAACCAUCACCAACAUCUACAUCCUCAACCUGGCCAUCGCCGACGAGCUGUUCAUGCUGGGGCUGCCCUUCCUGGCCAUGCAGGUGGCCCUGGUGCACUGGCCCUUCGGCAAAGCCCUCUGCAGAAUUGUCAUGACGGUGGAUGGGAUCAACCAGUUCACCAGCAUCUUCUGCCUGACGGUUAUGAGCGUCGACCGGUACCUGGCUGUCGUCCACCCCAUUAAAUCUGCCAAGUGGAGGCGGCCCAGGACAGCCAAAAUGAUCAAUGUGGCCGUUUGGGGCGUCUCCCUGCUGGUGAUCAUGCCCAUCAUGAUUUAUGCUGGGGUGCAGCACAACCACGGCAGGAGUAGCUGCACCAUCAUCUGGCCGGGAGAGUCGGGCGCCUGGUACACGGGUUUCAUCAUCUACGCCUUCAUCCUGGGCUUCCUGGUGCCUCUUACCAUUAUCUGCCUUUGCUACCUGUUCAUCAUCAUCAAAGUCAAGUCCUCGGGCAUCAGAGUGGGCUCCUCCAAGAGGAAAAAGUCCGAGAAGAAAGUCACCAGGAUGGUCUCCAUCGUGGUCGCCGUCUUCAUCUUCUGCUGGCUCCCCUUCUACAUCUUCAACGUCUCCUCGGUCUCCAUCAUGAUCGUGCCCACUCCUGUCCUCAAGGGCAUGUUCGACUUCGUGGUGGUCCUCAGCUACGCCAACAGCUGUGCCAACCCCAUCCUUUACGCCUUCCUGUCCGACAACUUCAAGAAGAGCUUUCAGAACGUGCUGUGCCUGGUGAAGGUCAGCGGCAUGGACGAGGCGGACCGGAGCGACAGCAAGCAGGACAAAUCCAGGCUCAACGAGACCACGGAGACCCAGAGGACCCUGCUCAACGGAGACCUGCAGACGAGCAUCUGAGGGGACGGCGGGGUUGUCCUUCCUGCGCUCUCCUCUCCCCCGCUUGCUCCCAGCAGGGUGGUGGCACGUGUGGAGUCGGGGCAGGAAUGCCAGCUGAGGGGAGGGCAGUGAGCACCCCCUGGGCGCUGGGUCCUGGGCUGGGCUCCUCCUGAGCUCUGCUGGGUUGGCUUUCAAGCACUGGGAAGGAUAUGGAUCGAGAGGAGCUGCCUCACCAGGAAAACAAAGACAACUCACGGCGACGCAGCGCGUUUCAGCACCAAAGUGCCACCGUGGCCACAAGUGUCACUGGGGUGGCUCCGCUGGCUCCCUCUUGUCACCCUCGGGGCUGCUUGGCUUUGGGGCUCUGCCUCUGCUCGGGUGGGUGCACAUGGACACAGGGGGUGACCUCAGGAGGAGCCGAGGCCACGGGUGUGUGAUAACAUGGAGAUGCACUGACCUGGUGGGAGCUGCCGGCGAGCUCCUGCCAUCGCCCUCCCCAGGAGACGAGGAUGUUUGUUGGGGUUGUGUUUUGCCUGGGUUAUCAGUUCCUCCAUUGCCCCCCCAGAAGCCUCCCUGCGCUGGGUGACCGCACUGCUGGCAGCAGCCGCCCCGCCCGGAGGGGACACUCCAGGAUGGAGGCGACUUCCCCACGGGAAGCAGCUCUGUCACCUCGGCAGCCCCUCUGGUCCCACCACGCUCCUGCCCUGCCUCCUGCAGCCCUGCCAUCUCCCGCUGCAGGAGAGCCCUCUCCUUCCUCCUGCCGUGACAUCACCUGCCCGCAGAUUUUCUCCUCGGAUGGAGGAUUUUCCCCCCUUUUCCCUCCCCGGUGGCCGCUGCCCCCUCCCACCACCCGCAUCGGUCCCACGCUGCGCCGGCUGCCGGGAUCGGGAUCGCCGCUCCGAGCAGCCCGGCAGGACCGCCCAGCUCCGGCCCCUGCUGGGAAAUCCUUGGAAGUAUUUAAGCAGCAGCGACACGUCGGGGGGUUUGGAGUACCUUUGGCACGGGCUCCUGCACCUGGCUGAGAUCUGGCUUUGUCCGGCCCCGGCUCCGAGGAUCCCUGGGGUGACGCCUGCCCUGCUCCUUCCAGGCAAGUCACGCUGGAGACUGGGGUGAUGGAGAGGACGAGGGACGGGAGGUGGGGGGUGCUGGGGGCUUGGCCCCCACCCCACCCGAGCCAAAGGGACCGGGCAGAGCAGACAAGAGGGCUUCCAGCACCUGGGAACGAGGAAGAGGAGGGCAGCACAUGACCAGCCCCCUGGACCCUGCACAGGGUGAAGGGUGGUGGGACUGACCCAUCAUCUGCUGUAUUUGGCUUCCCAGGACUGUCCUGGAGCGCUGGGCUCUGUCCCUGUCUGCCCUCCCAGCUGAGCACAGCCCGGGGCUCCGGAGCCCUGACCCCCGGCAAAGCCCCUCCUCGGCCAGCGCAGCAGGAACGCGAGGGAAAGCCCAGGGGAGAGGGAGAAGGGAGAGGGAGAAGUGCCGUCUUCCUGCCGGAGCACCCGGAGCAGCCUCUGUGCCAGAGGCCAGGGCUGUUCACAGGCUCUUGCUCCAGAGCUGAGCCGUGGGAACGCGGGGGUUUAGGUGGAGAAAACGGCCGGGUCUCGCUCACCCUCCCCUUUCUGGGCUCCCCCUCAUCGGGGGAUGCAGAGCCUUCACCUGGCACCACAGUCAGUGCAGGGGGUGAGGGUGAGCAUUGCCCACGAGGUGCCACCUGCUUUGUGGUGCCACCUUGCUCAGCCACACACCCCCGGUCGAUUCUCUGAGAGCACCACCUCUGGGAGAAGUUUUCCCACGGCUCUGCCCAGCUCCUGCAGCAAGAACCUGCUCGGGGCAUCACAUCCUGCUGUGCCAGGCCCACCAGCUCCCCGAAGAGGGCUCAGUGCCAGGCUGGGUACCCGCUCCCCGCCUCUGCUGGACACAGCACAGGGCUCAGGGGUUUUCUGCCAGACAAAGCAGAGCCUUGUCAGCAUUUCUUUGCUUUUAACCAUUUCCUGCUCCCCCGAGGAACGCGUGGCACUGCUCAAGUGCUCAGAGGCACCGCGUGGGCACCUCCCUGUCCCCUGGCUGGGCACCGAGCGCGUCCCAGCGCCGCUGAGGGGGGGAGGAAAGCCGAGCCCAGGUUCCCUGCUGAUGCUGCAGGAAUUAAAACACCAGCAGCAGGUUGUGCCAUGGGGAAAUACGGGCUGGGGGUGGCUGGGAGCAGCAGAGCCCAUGCUGGGCUGAGGAUCUGUGUCACAGCCGCAGUGAUGCGUCAGUGGGGCCGUGGGCAUUCCGUGCUGGG